AUUCAGUUGAAAAACAAUCCAAAACAAAAUUGACUAGACGAAAAAAAUACAAUAAUACAAAUCAUCGCCAUCAUCAUCAUCAUCAUCGUCGUAAUUCAUCGCAGCAACAUUCACAUCGACCACAUCAAAGACAUGCAGCCAAUUUAAGAGAACGUAAACGUAUGCAAUCAAUCAAUGAUGCAUUCGAGGGUCUUCGAUCACGAAUUCCAACAUUGCCAUAUGAAAAACGUUUAUCAAAAGUAGAUACGCUUCGUUUAGCAAUUGGUUACAUAAGAUUUUUGGCCGAUCUUGUUCGAACUGGCGGUUUAUCACAAUCACCCACAUCAAAUUCUAACUCAUCAUCCUCUUCAUCACCAAACAACAGUACAACGAUAUCAAUGGUAACAGAAUUUCAUAAUCGAUAUGGUCUUCAUAGUCAUCAUUCAAAUCCUUCACAUCAUCAUCAUCAACAUUGUUGUCCACCUCCUAUCAAAAAAAUUUUAAUAAAAUCUCAUUUUCCAUUGGAUCCAUCAUCCGAUUCGAAUACAACUCAUAAUGAUGAUGAUGGAAAUUGUCAUGAACUACAAUCGGAAUUAAUGCAUUCAUUAUCAUGGGAAUCUGAUGAAAAUAAACGACCAGGAUCAUUACAACAUGGUAAUAUUCUGAUAGCCAAAGUAUGGACGCCAGAAGAUCCAAGAGAUUCGACCAUUAUAAUUAGUAAUGACGAACAUCAUCCUUAUCAUCAUCAUCAUCACCACCACCACCACCAACAACAACAACAUUCCAUGACCAAUCAAUGUUGCUAGACAAAAAAAAAUUCAAGCUCAUUGCCAUUAUAAAUAAAUCAGGAAGUUUUUUUUUAACU